AUGGAAGAAACUGUUGUUAAUUCAUCAGACCCUAAUAAAAUCAAUCAGCCUGCUGUUGGCGAAUGGAAAAACAAUGAAAAUAUUUCUUCUAAUGAUAACUAUGAGCAGAAUAUAGUAGAAACAUUAAAUGAUGCUACAUUAAAUUAUCAUUUGGAGCGUGAAAGUCUCAUUGUAGAAAGACAAGACCAUUAUCUUUCUACAGCUGAACUAAGAUAUCGUCAGGAUAACGGUUGCUCUAGUGAAAACACACAGGAUAUGUGGGUCUCUGAAACUGACCUUAAAAAUCAUUAUGAUAAUAAAAAUAACUCAGGAUAUCGGAAAGGAACAGGAGGAUAUAAUAAAUCAAACAAUGGUAAUAAUUCUCAUGAAAAAUCAUAUGGUAAUGAUUCCACUUCAAAUAGUGGACAUGUACGUGGCCGUGGCCGUGGUCGCGGUCGCGGUCGAGGUAUCAUAAAGAGAUAUGACGAAGAAAAUGAAUCAUUUAGGGAUGAAUAUGACUCUGGUAUUAAUAAUCAUGGCGGUAACACUGCUCCAGGUCAUCGAGGCCGAGGACGAGGGCUUAACCGUGGUAGAGGUGGAAGGCGAGAUCAAUCAGGAUCAGGUGGUUGGUAUGGGAAUAGUGAAGAUGGUCAUAAAAAAAAUGAAAAUGAUAAACCAACUAUUCCAAAAGCACCGUACAUUCCUCCCGAUAUUGAAAGUGAAGAGUCUAUUGCUGGAAUUGAGGCAGGGCUUAAUUUUGACAAGUAUAAUACUAUUGAAGUAAAAGUGAGUGGAAUUAACCCUCCAAAAAGUAUAACAUCUUUUCAUAGUUCUGGUUUGCGCACUAUUUUGCUAGACAACUUAUCUAACUGUAAUUUCGCUACAACAACUCCAGUACAAAAUUAUGCAAUACCUAUUAUCAUUGAUGGCAGAGAUUUGAUGGCUAGUGCUCAGACUGGUUCUGGAAAAACUGCAGCGUAUGUCUUACCUAUUUUGCAUAAUUUACUUAAGCAACCAACACAAUUAAUUUAUGAUGAACAUCAUUGUGAACCGCAUGUAGUUAUUAUUGCACCUACAAGAGAGUUAGUUUCACAAAUUAGUGAAUGUGUAUGGAAAUUUAGUAAAGGAACUGAUAUUAGAAAUGGACUACUGUAUGGAGGUACAUCUGUUUACCACCAAAAAUCUAAAAUCCUUCAGAGAGGAGUUCACAUAUUAACUGCUACACCAGGACGUCUGAUUGAUUUUGUUGAAAAAGGUAUUGUGACUUUCUCAUCAGUUAAAUUUUUCGUUUUGGAUGAAGCAGACAGAAUGUUAGAUAUGGGAUUCAAACCUGAUAUAGAACAAGUAUUAACAAAUUCGACUAUGCCUUCCAUAGAAUCAAGACAGACAGUUAUGUUUUCUGCUACAUUCCCAAGUGAAAUACAACAUAUGGCUACUUCUUACUUGAAAUCAGAUUAUAUAUUUGUAGCUGUUGGGGAAGUAGGAGGAGCAUGUAAAGAUGUUGUGCAAACAGUAAUGGAAGUCACUAAGUUUAAAAAAAAAAAUGCAUUGCUUGAUGUAAUUAAAACAAUGGAAAAUUGUCAAGGUACAAUAGUAUUUGUUGAAAGAAAAAAAGUUGCGGAUUAUACAGCUGCAUAUUUAAGUGAAGUGGAUUUCCCUACUACAAGUAUUCAUGGUGCACGUGAGCAACCUGAACGAGAGCAGGCAUUAAGAGAUUUCAAAACAAAUAAAAUGAAAAUCUUAGUAGCUACUGCUGUUGCAGCUCGUGGAUUAGACAUAAAAGGUGUGAAUUAUGUAGUGAACUUUGAUCUACCAAAAACAGUUGAUGAGUAUGUCCAUCGGAUUGGGCGUACGGGUAGAUUAGGAAAUGCUGGUAAAGCUAUUUCAUUUUUUGACCCAGAAUCUGAUGGUCCACUAGCUCCUGAGUUAAUUAGAAUUCUCAAACAAGCGGAUCAAGAAGUACCAUCAUUUCUAAAUGAUGCUGCUGAACGUAUUCUAGCUUCCCCGGCUAUUGACAAUUUCAACGAUAUAAGAACGAAUGUUGAUGUCACAUCCAACUUGGUUGCUGCUGAAGAAGAAGAAGAGUGGUAG